AUGGCCUCCGCUAUACUGGCAAGCGCCCAAAACAGCCUCCCCACCGAACUCGUCAUCCUCAUAGUCGACCACCUCUCCGAUGACAACCAAGCACUAUGUAUGCUUGCUCGAACAAGCCGCGCACUGCAACAGCUCGCCGAAGAGCAGAUAUACAAGACCAUCGAACUGUUCACAGUCAAGGACCUCCACAAUAUCGUUCAGGCCUUCACACACCGACAUGACCGGGUCCGAGCAGUACAUACCCUCAAGCUGCAGUAUCAGUACCAUGAAAAGGAUCUCGGGGAGAAUAUCGACAUACGAAAAACUUUUAACGAGUGCAUAGCGCACAUGGUCAAUUUACGAGAAUGGCAUAUCGAGAGCCCAUACGAUAACUGCCACUGGGAUGAAGGCCUCGGUCCAGAGCAGUGGGUUGAGGGCGAUAUGGAGAGGUUUCGCGCAGUGCUGGAAUUAGCCUGUACAGAGGGACCAAUCGAAACCGAACGUAUCGAGGCCGAGCGUCGACUAGGGAAAGCCUUUGAAAGGACUGUCGGAUUGGCACUGCUUGAGAGCCUCACCAUCCACUCGCACGGCACUGACUCCGACUUCUGGGAUCUUGGCGGAUAUCACUGCCUCUUCCGACAUCCAACACUGCGCCACCUCCAUAUCUCUUGCGUCUCUUUCACAGAGACUAUACCGAAACUUCGCAUGCACAAGGGCAACAAAACCCCUCUCACGAGUCUGGAGUUUAACGAAUGCGAACUCAGUCCCGAGGCCUUGACCGACAUUCUGCGCAUGCCGGCCAAACUCAAGCACUUAACACUCGGCGAGAAUGUAUGGAAUACUCGAAGAGCAAAGAAGAUUAAGCCAAGACUUACACAGAAUGCUCAUGCUUCGCUGGCAGCCUUGAAUCUAGUCGCGCAUUCGCUGGAGAGCUUGAAGCACUGGGAUCCGAGCUGGAAGCUCGACUUGGACUCUCACAAGCCGCGCCGCAUCAAUCCUUCCCCCAAUGGAAUGCGCAACUUCUAUGCUCUCAAAUAUCUGCAAUGCGAGACGACGUCUUUUCUACAUAAGGCCAUCAUUAUGAACAACGAAGUCGCACCACCAAACCUCGAAACCCUGCGUUUAUGCCGUCAUUGGAAUGAACCUGUGGACUUCUUCGAGCACCCACCCAAUGUCGAGACCUACCUCGCUCUACCAUCACUCUCAACACUCGAGCUCAUGCAGUCUUCAUGGUGCUGGCUUGAAAUGUCCACGGCCGACUACGUCUGUGACGAAGAGCGUCUCCGGAACCGACAUGCUUACGCAUACAAGCUCUUCAAGGCCGGCAUCAACCUCAAAGUUCUCAUUGAGAUGCAUCGAGACGGAAGCCUGAUACCGCCUUUCCUGCAUGGCGAAUUAACGCCCAUCAUAGACUGCGUUUACGACGCAAAACAGAUUGGCUUCUUCCACCAGAUGACACAGCCAGAAGAUUCCGAGACGAUGGGCUCAUGUCUAUUCGACUCUUGCAUCAAGGGCGACAACGACAUAAAAGCUAAGCUGGACGAAAAGGUAGCCCAGGGACUUUCAAGAAUGCCUGAAGAGCGCGAGACAGAUCAACUCGAUGAUAGCGAGAUCACAUAUAUCACACACGAGACACAACAAAUCCUCGUCCGACUCAAGAGGCGAUUCAUUGGCGAGCGAAGACUGCGACGAGCCGAGUCCAUUCUAGAAUUCGUGGAUGAGAAUGGCGACGACGACGAUUUUGAUCUUGAUCUGGAAAUGGGCGAUGAUUGGGAUGAGGAUGAUAUCGAUUUCGAGAUGGAUGGCGAUGAUGCGAACGUCAUUUUCCACGAGCAUAAUGGCGAGCUGUACAUUGAAGUGUAUGAGUCGGAGACGGAUGGCGAGGAUGAGGAUUUAUUGAUGGGAGAUGAGGAGACGCACGAUGAUUUGAAUUAG